ACCUCUCCAAGUGAAAAUUCUCUUAAAUUUGAAAACCAAAACAAUAAUAAUAAUUAAGAGGGUGUGUUAAAAACUCUUGGCAUACAUAUUUUUAAAUAUCUAAAAAUACCUUCUGGGUAAAAGCAUUAAAAUGUCAUGACAAGCCGCUCGCUGACUGAGAAGCAGAACAAGCAGAAUGUAGGUAAGAAACACUACGUUGACCUGAAAAAUUAGAGGGAAAGAAGGGUCGCGCGCGAGGCCAAGUAAGCGAGAGUUGUGUUCGGGUGUCUUGAGUAAGUACAUAGUGAAGAGCACAAUUCGAGACAAGAAACGAUGAGAUGAGGGUAGAGAAAGUUGGAAAAGCACGUUGCAGCCAUAAGAAGAAGAUAGCAAUACAAGAGUGAAGCAAAUAAAAUGAACUUUUGCGCUUGCGUUUGCACCACCCAAACCCUUCUUUUCCCUUUCUACAUUCAACCCCUCAACUCUCGCAAUCAUAUCGGUUCUUCUCCAACUAUUUUCCUAUUGCUGUCCCUCAAUCUUUCACUCUGUCGCUCUCACUAAAUUCUCCUCGCGCAUCCGUUCAAUUCACCCUCCCACAUCACAUGGCGCUGCUGCUGGUUACUCGGCUCAAUUUCCAACUUUCAGUAUGGCGCUACGCGCUCCAAGACGGUAUCGCACACCACCCCCAUAUUAUUAUUAUUAUUAUUCUCUAAAAUAAUCAGUCCAUCAUUACAUCAUUUAGGCAUUAAUCUCACUUAUUGCUAUUCACUGUGAAUGUGCGCGAGAAGAAACUACAAUAAUGAAUUUCAAAAAGAAUGUGGGUGCAAGUGUGAGUUCAAGUGUUCUAAAGCCCCUUCUCAUAGCUUCCUGGAUAUAUAGUUGAUGAUCAGUGACAGAAUUUCAUUUCCUUCACGAGAUAUGUAUACAUAUACAUACAUCUGGAACAAUCCUUAAAUAAUAAUAAUAAUAAUAAUAUAUAGACAGCUAUUUGUUUAUGUAGAGUUUUGGAAAGAUAAUGGUAUUAUUAACUAAUAAAAAGGACUCGCUAUAACACCUUAAUAGGUGUUAAAACACCACAAUAGGAAAAGUCACCUUAUAUUAAUUGAAUUAAUGCAUAACUAAAAACAAGAAUCGAAAUGGCUUGUCCUUUUUCACAAUCGUUUGCAAUAACUAGUUGUAAAGAAAAUGAAGAAGAAGAAGAAGAAGAAGAAGGAAAAGACGUUACAGACGAUCAUCCGAGAUAUAAUCGAGGAAGACGAGAUGAUAAGCUCAAGCCGUUUAGACAAUCUUCAGUGCAAAUUACCUCGUCCUUGCUUGGUGAGGAAAUUGACGAAGAAGAGGAUACCCAGACGCUCAACCUUAAACAUUUGCGUGCCGCUGUACUUAUGCUAACAAAUCCAUCGAAUGAAGUCAUUGCUGUCGCUCUAGAGGCUUUCUUAAGCAAAAAUCAAGUUCCAUUCACAAUUUCUACAUCAUUAGAAAAACUCCUUUGCAAUAUUGAAAUUGAAGAGAAUUACAACCUAUUGGAAGACAUUUAUGAGACUCUCAAUGAUAAAUGCGAUAUUGACGCAAACGAUUUUCUAGAUCACCUUGGGCAAAAUGUAAUUGCAACUGCGUGUGUAGGCUUAUUAGAACGAGCCUUCCGAUGUUUAGGUAAUGAUUUAAUGGCUUUUCUAACAACCUUAGAUGGUGUUAACGAUGUUGUACAACAUCAGUCGGGCUCUGACAACGAAGCUGAAUUCGUGUGUAUAGCAACCCCAGGUGCAUUGGAGCUUCAUUUUACUACUGAUCACCCGUCCAUUGCAUACCUUUUAGUCGGAAGUCUUAAAGGCAUUGCCAGACAGUUUUAUAACGACAAAACAGACGUGUACAUAUUGCCAGAUCCCUAUAACAUCAAAUUUUUUAGGUAUCGCAUAACUCCAGAGCGCUACGCUGAACAUUUAGUUAUUGACGAUGACUUGGACGUUGCGUCACCACAUUUCUGCCAACUUUCAAAUGAGGCAAAAGACCUUAGAAUAGGGGUAGCUAGUUUUUGCAAAGCUUUUCCGUGGCAUUUCGUAGUGGAUAGACAACUGGAACUUGUUCAACUAGGUGUUGGAUUUAUGCGAAUUUUCGGACACCAUUUAAAUAGUAUUGGCAGAGAUAUCUCAACAUAUUUCGUAUUUACGAGACCAAAAGGUGUGACACUCACUUUUCAUGAAAUUCUCAAAAGAGCCAAUACUCCAUUCGUCCUUGCACUUCAAAAACCUAAAAGUGCGGAUAAAUUUCAAACAGAGGGAUUGGAAUUUAAAGGCCAAAUGGUUCACUGUCCGGAGUCUGAAUCUAUUCUUUUUGUUGGAUCACCCUUUCUUAAUGCAUUAGAAGGAUUAACCGGUAGAGGAUUGUUCAUCUCAGAUAUUCCUCUUCAUGAUGCUACAAGAGAUGUAAUAUUAGUUGGAGAACAAGCUAGGGCACAGGAUGGUUUACGGCGACGUAUGGAUAAAUUAAAGAGUUCUAUUGAAGAAGCAAAUUGUGCAGUAGACACGGAGAGAGAAAAAAACGUUAGUCUUCUUCAUCUUAUAUUUCCUCCAGAUAUAGCUAAAAGACUUUGGUUAGGAGAAACAAUUGAAGCCAAAACUUAUGCCGAUGUCACCAUGCUUUUUAGUGACAUUGUAGGAUUUACAGCAAUUUGUUCAACUGCAACUCCAAUGAUGGUUAUUAAUAUGUUACAAAAUCUUUACGAACAAUUUGAUAUUUACUGUGGACAACUUGAUGUUUAUAAGGUUGAAACAAUCGGUGAUGCCUAUUGUGUAGCUUGCGGGCUUCAUCGAAAUACAAAUACACAUGCCCAACAAAUUGCUUGGAUGGCACUGAAAAUGAUUGAAACAUGCUCACAACAUCAUACUCAUGACGGUAAACCAAUAAAGAUGCGAAUUGGUGUCCAUACAGGAAUGGUAUUAGCGGGAGUAGUUGGAAAAAAAAUGCCUAGGUAUUGUCUAUUUGGACAUAAUGUAACUCUUGCAAAUAAAUUUGAAUCCACCAGUGAACCACUUAGAAUUAACAUCAGUCCAACAACGUAUCAAUUUCUUAUGCAAAAGCCAGGAUUUAUACUGGAAGCGAGAACAAAAGACAAUCUACCAAAAGAGAUGCCUCCAGACAUUACAGAUACAUGUUAUUUUUUAAAUAACUACAAGCAUACAAAUAUAGAUGCAAGCGAAGCACUGGAAAUUCACAUUCAAGCUGCUAUCAAGGAGCUUGAUAUAGUAAGCAGCAAUAUGUAAAUAAAAAAAAAAAAUUAUUUGCAAUUUGUCAAAUUAGAGUCAAAAGUCCGAAACGAACCCGUGUAUGUACAUGCGUAUACUAAAGAACAACGUAUAUUAACGCUGUUAUUUUAUAUCUCGUAUCCUUCAAUAUUGCUAAGAAUAAUAAAAAUGUUUGCAAUUUAAUAUGUAUAUGAAACAACUAAAAUAAUUUAACUGCGCUGACAUGUAUGUUUCGUAAUCAAUUCUAUAGGUAUUUAUCACGUACAGACUAUAUGCAUUCUAUAUAAUACAUUAGAGUUGUUCAACAACAAAAUUUUUCGAACCCACGUAUACUAUAAAAAUCAGAAAUAUGAUUCUCUUUUCAGCAUGCAAAAUAAGGAUAACAUAUAAAAAUAACGAACAACUAUCUCAUGAAAUAAUGGACUUGGAAGAGAGAUGAUAUUGUAAUAGAUGUAAACUUUCAUCAAAUUGAUCAAUUUUUUUCCAGUAAGAUAACUGCGCGAUACAAUGUGAUUUGCUUUUAAAUUUAUUAGUUGUAAAAAUUUCAAUCUUUUAAUGGUAUUCUUUUACAAUUUCAAGCCUUUCUAGAAUAUCGUAAAAAUAUACAUGGGUCUGAAUUUAAUUUUUACGGCCCAGGUCAAAUUUUCUCUAAACUUUGCCAAAAUGUUAUUACUAUAAUAAUUAGUAAAAGUGUAAAUAGGUAUGCAAUAUUAUUAAAUUU